GUUACAAGAGGGCGAGGACGAACUCAGAAGAAGCUUCAUGGCGAUGAAGCUCGCGUAGAAACAAAGUCGUUUCAAGCACCAGGAUUGAAAAAGGAGUCGACUCAAGAAGAUUGUUUAUCAGCAAAGGCAGAAAGUGUAUGUUCGCCUCCAAAAAGGGCAAAGAAGGUAUGGUUUGGGAUAGAGCGAAGCGCUAGGAAAGUGCUUUUCGCCGCCGACGACACUCUAAAGAGCUCACCGAAAAAGGAAAUAGAUGUUGAGGUACCAUCAAGCACAAACAAGGAUUCGGGUGCUAUAACCUGUGUUUCUGAGGCCGUUAAAGCAGAGGCCUCGGCAGAAAUUGAGCCAUGUGAUGCCCUGUCUCCUGCAAAGGACCCAUUAAUUUCUAGAGCCGAUGAAUUAAGCGAGAAACUUGCCUUGAAAGCUGCUCAAACUAAACUACGUGCUCGAAUACGAAGUGUUGCUGAUCUGCAGGCGGUGCUAGCCCAGAAAGGCGCUGUAAGGGCAGUUCAUGAACAGGCUCAGAAAAUCAAGAGCAAACAGCGUAUGAAACCGUCGACAUCUGCUGUACCCGAUUUCGUUCUUCCUACUCACAAAACACCUGCGAAAAAGUCCUUAGACGAAUUCGAACUGCACGAAACAAGACAUGUAUUUGAAUACGGCAAAGCUUCACGUCUUAUUGAAGAAGUCAAGAGAAAUUCCACCCUUCCUUUACCCAGGCAGUACGAACAUUUACACGAGACGUUCCAGUCGUGUGACAGGGUGGUUUCUAUUUACACUAAUCAGGGAAGACGAUGUGCAGUUCUGGAGAUUCAGAAAAAUGUCGAAAAGAACACACACUUAAGUUUCACUCGCAAACACCUUGCCCAAAUAGUUCAAGUCUAUCCGACUUCGUAUGACGUUCGUCUGGACAAGCGGUGGAAUGCAUUUGGUGGCGAUGCAGAAGUCAUACGGAAAGAUGGAAUUAGUAAUGGCAGUCAAUCUUGUAGAUGGGAUCCAGUGCUGGACGCAAGACCUCGUCUUGAAGGCUGGCGAAUGAUUUGUAGAAGUCACGUGUUUAGACAUAAGCUAGUGGAAAUUGCGAAGAAGUUCCACCAAAAGUUCCUGGAACGUUUAGGGCUUAACCUGAAGGAAGUUGAACUCGCACGAUUGCGUCGCUUCCAUCCUAAGUUUGAUCUUGAGCAAGAAUGUGGAGAAAUAGAACAGGCGGAACUUCCUGAAGUGGACCACGGCGCAGCUGAGCGGCAUCUUGAAAUGAAGGAUUACCUUGCUACGGUUGAUACCACUGUACCACUUCCAAAAGCAGUUUCUGCUGCGCUUGAAGAUUUGAAAAGUCCGCUGAAGAAGCUCGUAAGCUCUAAUGCGGCAGUACCACUCUCACCGCGAAAAUUUGCUGAGAAGCAAGCAUCAAAACCGAAAGGGGCGAUGUCGUUGUUGGAAAGGAUUCGCGCGAAAGAAGCGGAAAGAAAGGCCGCCGAAAAGUUGAGAGAUCCUGUAAUAGACAGAAAAAUUGAACUCCUUCAGCGAAUUCUACAUGGCCUCUUACGAUGUAUUACGACGUACUUCGCCUUCAAGAAAGUUCGCUCUAUGGAAUUGAGGACGCGUGGCUCCGAGUCAGGUCAUGAAGAAGCCAGUCCUGCAAAUGAAUUCGAGCGUGCUUUAAUUCCGACUCCUGCACUGUUUGCAUAUAUUCGAUUCGAACAAGAGAUGAAGGAGAACAACUACACGGCCAUCGAAAAGGUGAUACAAGAGGAGCUGGCACGUCUUCGAACUAGUGCUCCGUCUGCGUCUCAGCUUCAGCAAGGUGUUGCCGUGGCUGACGUAGCUAAGAAAGCUGUUAGAGCUCUAUUUUAG